AUGCCUCACAAACCCUGCCUCACCAACCUUCCUCACCAGCCCUACCUCUCAAAACCCUGCCUCAUCUACCCUGCCUCACCAGCCUGCCUCACCAACACUGCCUCUCCAACCCUGCCUCUCCAAGGCUGCCUCGGCAGCCUGCCUCACAAACCCUGCCUCACCAGAAUGCCUCACCAACCCUGCCUCACCAGCCUGCCUCACCAGCCUGCCUUACCAACCCUGCCUCAUCAACCCUGCCUCACCAAAUCGUGGCGUGCCAAUCCUGCCUCACCAACUCUACCUCACCAGCCUGCCUCACCAACCCUGCCUCACCAACCCUGCCUCACCAGUCUGCCUUACCGGCCUGCCUCACCAACCGUGCCUCACCAAUCCUACCUCACCAAUCCUGCCUCACCAAUCCUGCCUCAUCAACCCUGCCUCACCAAUCCUGCUUCACCAACCAGCCUCACCAACCCUGCCUCACCAACCCUGCCUCACCAGACUGCUUCAACAGCCUGCCUCACCAACCCUGCCUCACCAACCAUAGCACACCAGCCUGCCUCACCAGCCUUCCUCACCAACCUUGCCACACCAACCAUAGCACACCAGCCUGCCUCACCAGCCUGCCUCACCAACCCUGCCACACCAUCCAUGGCACACCAGCCUGCCUCACCAGCCUGCCACACCAACCCUGCUUCACCAAAUUGUGACUCACAAACCCUGCCUCACCAAAUCGUGACUCACCAACCCUGCCUCACCAAAUCGUGCCUCACCAAGGCUGCCUCACGAAAUCGUGGCUCACCAACUCUGCCUCACCAACCCUGCCUCACCAACCCUGCCUCACCAGCCUGCCUCAUCAGCCUGCCUCACCAACCCUGCCUCAGCAACCCUGCCUCACCAACCCUGCCUCACCAACCCUGCCUUACCAACCCUGCCUCACUAACCCUUCCUCACCAACCCUGCUUUACCAACCCUGCCUCACCAACAACCCUGCCUCACCAACCCUGCCUCACCAGCCUGCCUCACCAGCCUGCUUGA